UUACGCAGAGAAAAACUUCAUUUUUCCUUUAAAACAUGGUGAAACUGUAUAUAUGUCUUGUUUUUAUAGGUUAUCUGGGGAUGAAGCUACUCAUCUGGUGUUUGCUGGUCAUUUUUCUCUGUUCGGGCACCAAGGAGAUGAUUGUGGAGAAAAACAGACCAUCACGAUGGCGGUCAUUUCGGAUGGAAAAAGGACAACACAUCAUUCAAAACUUCAAAAGGCAUUCAGAUGGAACAUUCACCAGCGACUUCACCAACCAUCUGGAUAAAAUCAAGGCCAAAUACUUUGUGGAGUGGCUGUCCAGCAUCAAACGAGAGGGGUGAGCUGCAAAGGAACAUUUAUGCCAAACACACACGUCUUUUACAGAUGCCAUGAUCAGUUCCUGCAAGCUGUGGCAGAAAGUCGACCAUGAUAGCACAAUACUUUGUGUCAUCUAGAAACAUAAACAUGAAUUAUUUUCUUUUUCAGGUGUUUUCAAACCAAAUGUAAUUAUUUAUUUACUAGUUAUU